AUGCCACCCGCCGCUCGAGCGCAAGCGGAGCUCCAGCACCAGAAAAACAAACUCGCCAAUUCGUACAGCGAGCUUCUCGACGAGUUCAGCAGCAAAGACCUCCGUACUGUCGGCAACUACACCGUCGGCCGCCUAAUAGGCAAAGGCUCGUUUGGUAAGGUCUACUUGGCUUCGAACAAACUCAUCAAUGGCUCAAAGGUCGUACUCAAGUCGGCGAAGAAGGACGACGCCAACCUCGCGCGCGAGAUUCACCAUCACCGCCAAUUCCUGCACCCGCACAUCGCUCGCCUCUACGAAGUCAUAGUCACCGAGUCGCUGGUAUGGCUGGUCCUGGAAUGGUGCGCCGGCGAUGAGUUGUACAACCACCUACUCGAGCAUGGUCGUAUGGAGGAAACCAAGGUGCAAAAGAUCUUCACACAACUAGUCGGCGCCGUGUCGUACGUUCAUUCGAAGUCUUGCGUCCACCGCGAUCUGAAGUUGGAGAACAUCCUGCUCGACAAACACGGCAAUGUCAAGUUGGUCGACUUUGGCUUCACGCGCGAGUACCAGGGCUCGACCAGCUACCUACAGACAUGGUGUGGCACCGUGUGCUAUAGUGCGCCAGAGAUGCUGAAGGGAGAGAAAUAUGCUGGCGAAAAGGUAGAUGUCUGGAGUCUGGGAAUCAUUCUAUACGCUCUGCUGUGUGGUGAAUUGCCGUUUGACGAAGACGACGAAAACGAUACAAAACAGCGUAUCCUCAAGGAAGACCCCAUUUACCCGGAAUAUGUACCAGAAGGCGCAAAGGACCUCAUGUCAAAACUGCUGUCUCGCCGCCCGCUCAUACGACCCCCGUUAGCUGACGUCCUCCGUCAUCCGUGGCUG